AAAAAUCCGAUUCGUUUGUGACUUUUUUUUUUUGCAAAGUGUACUUCCGGUUCAGAGGUCAACUCGUCUAAGUAGCAGCGUUAGAAACGCGACAAGAAUUUGCAAAAACCUAAACCAAACCGAACCCAAACAUCAUUUAAACGAUGUCUCACACCAUCCUGCUGGUGCAACCUACCAAGAGGCCUGAGGGAAGAACGUAUGCCGACUACGAGUCCGUCAAUGAGUGCAUGGAAGGUGUGUGCAAGAUGUACGAGGAACACCUGAAAAGGAUGAACCCCAACAGUCCGUCCAUCACAUACGACAUCAGCCAGCUAUUCGACUUCAUUGAUGACCUGGCGGAUCUCAGCUGUCUGGUGUACCGUGCAGACACGCAGACGUACCAGCCAAACAACAAGGACUGGAUCAAGGAGAAGAUCUAUGUGCUACUGCGCCGUCAGGCCCAGCAAGCCGCCAACUGAACUCCUUUUAUUCUUUUUUAUUCUGCAUUUUUUUCCUCUUUGUUGUUUAUUUCCCAGUCGAAGGAAGGCAUAUUUUGUAUUUUAAGGGUUGCAUCAUGAAUAAAGAUUUCAUUUACAUUACCACA